AUGUCUCCAAAAAACGUUGGUAUCAAGGCUAUUGAAAUCUACAUUCCUUCUGAAUUUGUCAACCAAUCUGACUUGGAAAAAGCCGAUGGGGUUUCUGCUGGAAAAUACACUAUUGGUUUGGGCCAAACAAACAUGGCCUUUGUCAAUGACCGUGAAGAUAUUUACUCCAUGGCUCUUACAGUCACUUCUAACUUGUUGAAGAACAACAGCAUUGACCCAAACUCUAUUGGUAGAUUGGAAGUUGGUACUGAAACUUUGUUGGAUAAAUCAAAGUCUGUCAAGUCGUUAUUGAUGACCUUGUUUGGUGGUAACUACGAUAUUGAAGGUAUUGACACCGUCAAUGCUUGUUACGGUGGUACCAAUGCUUUAUUCAACUCUAUUAACUGGAUCCAAUCCGAUGCUUGGGAUGGAAGAGACGCUAUUGUCGUUGCUGGUGACAUUGCCAUCUACUCUGAAGGAGCUGCCAGACCAACUGGUGGUGCCGGUACCGUUGCCUUGCUUGUUGGUCCAGACGCUCCGAUUGUUUUUGAAAGCGCUCGUGGUUCUUUCAUGGAACACGCUUACGAUUUCUACAAGCCAAACUUCACUUCUGAAUACCCUGUCGUCGAUGGUCACUUCUCAUUGGCUUGUUACGUCAAGGCCUUUGACCACGCUUACAGAGCUUACUCUGCCAAGGCCAUCAAGAAAGAAUUGGAAUAUCCAAAGGAUGCCGCUUACUCCAAGCCUUUGUCCAAAGACGUUGUUGGUAUGCAAUUCUUUGACUACAAUGUUUUCCACGUCCCAACUUGUAAAUUGGUCACCAAGACUUACGGUAGAAUGAUGUACAAUGACUAUCUUGCUGAUCCAAAGGCUUUUGAAGGCCAAGAAAUUGACCCUGCUUUCUCGACUAUGAGCUACACUGACUCUUUGACUAAUAAGGCCGUCGAAAAGGCUUUUGUCGGUUUGAGUAAGCCUUUGUUCAAGGAAAGAGUUGAACAAUCAUUGAACGUUCCAACCAACAUUGGUAACACAUAUACUGCCUCUGUUUACGGUGCUUUGGCCUCAUUAUUGUUCUAUAUCGGUAACGAAAAAUUACAAGGCAAGAGAAUUGGUUUGUUCUCUUACGGUUCUGGUUUAGCCUCCUCUUUGUUCUCUGCCAAGGUUGUUGGUGAUAUCAGCGCCAUCACUAAAAACUUGGACAUUGACAACAAAUUGAACAACAGAUUCAAGAGAACUCCAGAAGAAUACAUUGCUGCCAUCGCUUUGAGAGAAUCUAUUCACUUGCAAAAGAGCUACGAACCAAAGGGUACCACUGAACACUUGAGAUCCGGAACCUACUACUUGGUCAACAUCGAUGACAAAUACAAGAGAGAAUACAAGGUCAAGAACUAA